AUGAACACUUUGCCAACCAACCAGCUGUUCUCCUUAGAGGGUAAAACAGUCAUCUGCACAGGAGCCACUGGUGGGAUUGGCCAGUCUCUAUGUAAGUCACUUGCGGAGGCAGGUGCGGAUAUUAUUUCUAUUCAGAUUCCGAAUGACCCCAAUGCGAGAAGUCUGUCGAAAUGUCUCACCGAACUCGGUCGAAAGUUAUGGACUUUCGAAUGCAACCUUACGGACCCAUCUUCUGUUCGCUCCACCUUCCGCGAUAUUUGGAAUGCGGGGAUCUCGCCCUCUGUCCUUUUAAACUGCGCAGGCGUAAAUCGAAGGCGCCCUUUGACAGAGGUCACUGAUGAGGACCUUGAGCUUAUUCUCUCAGUCAACCUUAAAGCUACGUACGUAGCCGCGCAAGAAUUUGCGAACAGGUUGCUUGAGCUGAAACUCCCCGGGAAAGUGAUCAAUGUUGGUUCCGUUACAUCAUUUCGAGGAAUGUACAAUGUGUCCGCCUAUGCGAGCUCCAAAGGCGGCGUUGUUCAAAUGACAAAGUCAUUCAGCAAUGAGCUUGCACCUCACAAUAUUCAAGUAAAUUGCAUCUGCCCCGGAACACCUCUGACAAAACAGCUAGAGAAUGAUCCGGCAUACAACGAUUUUAUAUUGAAGGCAACCCCCGCAGGUCGCUGGGGGACGCCUGAGGACCUAAGAGGAGCCUGCAUUUUUCUAGCCAGCAAUGCCAGCAACUUUGUCACUGGCUCAAGCUUGAUCGUAGAUGGUGGAAUGGUCGCUGCUUGA